AGCAUCUUCUUUAUUUUCCUUCAAAUUUAAAACUGAUCUCCUCCGAUUUCUCUCUAUCUCUCAAUCUAAAUCCAAAAAUCUAUUGCCGCGAACAGUGAGAUGCAUAGCUCACUGGAGACGACGGCUUCGGCGACGAUUGAGCGACGAGAAUCAUCAGAGUCAAUGCUUGGGGACAAACUGGUACUAAAAGGGUUGAAAUUUUACGGUUUCCAUGGAGCCAUUCCUGAAGAAAGGACACUGGGACAGAUGUUUCUUGUUGACAUUGAUGCGUGGGUGAGUCUGAAGAAGGCCGGUGAAUCAGACAACUUAGCAGAUACAAUCAGCUAUGUCGACAUUUUCAGCCUAGCUAAGGAAAUUGUUGAAGGGUCACCAAGAAACCUUCUCGAGGCAGUCGCGGAACUCAUCGCCUCCAAAACGCUUGAGAAAUUCCCUCAGAUAAACGCUGUUCGAGUGAAGCUCUCGAAGCCAAAUGUUGCCCUUAUUAAGAGCACCAUUGAUUACUUAGGGCCGAAUCUUCUGAGAUACGUCAUCGAGCAGGCAACUCGCGGAGGGAAAUCGGUUGUGUCUCGCCGCAAAUUCUCUUCUUCGCAUUGUAAAUUUGAUGAGAGAGAAAGGUCUGUUCUGAUGGAGAAGAUGAAAUCGUCGACAAAUAGACGUCGUUUAUUGGCUUUUUUAGUGGCUAGCUCUCUGAGCUUCCAUCUUUGGGAAUUUACCAGGAGGCAAAAUGCUCGGCAUGAGGCCAAGAAGGUGCAGCUGGAUCCGAAGAGUUAAAUAGAAGAAAAGUACCUUUGUGUUUAGUUACUUUAUGUUGAUGCUUUGAACAGAGAAGAUAAAAUAUUCUAUGGCUA